CACAAAUCAAUUCUCCAUUGGUAAAACAUAGCCUCCAGAAGAAUACAUCGGAAUAUUGCUACGCGUAUCGUUGUCGGAAAGUUCAACCAAGAAGGUGGCCGGGUUUGUUGAACUAUUUUACAAAGAUUAGUGAGGGAGAUGGAAAGCGCAAUGACUUACGAGUCCGAUCAUCUUAAUCUCAAGGCGACUGAACUGAGAUUAGGACUGCCGGGGACAGCCGAUGUGGCGACGGAGAAACAAUUGUUUCCUAACAAAAGGUCCUCGUCGGAGAUGAUCAAUGGCGCAUUAGAGACCGAAAACGCCGAAGAUCAAGACUCCUGUGCCCCCCCUGCCAAGGCACAAGUGGUGGGGUGGCCGCCCGUCCGAUCCUACCGGAAAAAUUGCUUCCAUCCAAAGAAAACUGAGCCGGACGCUUCAGGAAUUUAUGUGAAAGUGAGCAUGGAUGGAGCUCCUUAUCUCAGGAAGAUUGAUCUGAAUGUUUACCAGAGCUACACAGAUCUCCUCAAGGCCUUGGAAAUUAUGUUCAAGUGCACUAUUGGUGUGUACUCAGAGGGGGAAGGAUACAAUGGAUCUGAUCAGGCACCCACCUAUGAAGACAAAGAUGGUGAUUGGAUGCUGGUUGGAGAUGUCCCAUGGGAAAUGUUUGUUACCUCUUGCAAAAGGAUGAGAAUCAUGAAAGGAUCAGAUGCCAAAGGCUUGGGAUGUCCUUAAAAAGUUCAUAUAUAGAACCCACAAACAUUAAACACCAUCACACACAAAACACAGGCCAGGGAGAGAAAUCCCGUACGUUCAGUGGGAGGUUAAUUAAGGUGCAUAGACUUGCUUGAAGGGUUCGAAUUCUCUCCCGUCCAUGUUUGGAUAUUGGUAUAUUAGACGGGAGAGGAUCGAAUUCCUUUUUGGAACAUAACAAAACUUGCAAUUUUAUUUGUGGCUUGGUUUUAUUUAACUUUUAAGCCUUUGUGAUUUUUUGGUUUUUGGCAAACCCAUUGAACUGAUUGAGCAAGAGAUGGAGAUACACAUAUCUGCUUCAGAUAUGUCUCUUUGUAAAGAAGUGGGGAAAAAUUGUAAUUGCAUUUUCUUGCUAGGCCUUCAUAGUAAUAAUAUUCGAGAGGACGGUAUAUAUAUACGAAGUUAAGUAUUGUUCACA